AUGUCUUUUACAGCCGGCAGUGAGGGAGACAUAGCGGGCUCGAGCAGCGAGUGCGACGAACACCACCGGCUGACGCGGGAGGCGGGAGGAAAGUGCUCCCCUUUUGGGCGAAGGCAGUUCCCCAGAGACUCGGGCUGCUACGACGCCCCGCUAAAGAGCACCCGCCAGAACCAGCACGCGUCCCCGCAGGGCGAAUCCGAUACAAGCGACAGCGCCGGCUUUAGCGACAACAGGAACAACCUGGACUCCGUCGUGGAGCAGUGCAAUAACGAGAUCCUUGCCAGGGUGAGGCAGGCCCAGAAGAACUCCAUCAACCUGAAGGAGGAGCUGUCCUACCAGCCCAAUAUACCGAGUAACGCGAUCCCGGGCGGCGAGCAGCCGAGAAAACCGAAAGAUUCCUAUGUAAGUGUCCGCGGGCAAACCACCUUGGUGGACCCGUGCCGUAGAAACAACGUUCUAAAUCGGGGGGCCAGCGGCCGCAAGAAUUUAGAAGAGCAGUGCGAGGCGGACCAAAAGCUCACUUCGGUAAAAUAUGUUGUAGGUGGCGGCGGCGCCGAUCUAGACGGCGGCACACCGAACUCGAUCGGCAGGAGUUGCCUGAGCGAGAGAUCCAGCGAUUCAGGUGUGAGCAGCAGCUCGCUGUCCUCGGCUAACACGAGAGACUCACGACCCGUCCCGGCCCACCACUUAACCGAUAAGCCGACGGCCCUGGGCGGCCCCGCUUCGCCUAACUGUGCCAAUCGUACUUCUACUACUACUACGUCCACUACUGCCAAUAAAGAGAAAACAUUUCAGUAGUUCUUAGGUCGUUUUUAAGGGGAUUACGUUUUAUAUAUAUGCGGUUCGAGUACGAAAUAUAACGAGGUUUCCGAUUCCGUUUAUUACGAGCGUAAUUUCUUUUUUUCCAACAUUUUUUCUUAAUUUUCGUACGCAAUUGUUUUCCUACAAAUUUAAACGAUGAAGACACACAAACGCACCGUAUCGUCACCAAUAAUGAAAUAAAUAACUCUGUAAGGUUUUAAGCUAAAUAUCGGUAAAUUUUAUAAUAAAAUUAAAGUUAAAAACGUAACACUGCGCUAAAUUCUAUUUCAAUCCCGGUAAAAACUAAUAUUGCAUCCGGAAAAUCGCGAAAAUUCAUAUACAAGCACUUUUUCGGCGAUUGAUAAACUAAAAUAAAUGUAAUAAAACGAAACGGUGACGUAAUCGGCCAUUCUCGUUUUAACAAAUUAAUUAUCGCAUUUUGUUUUUUGAUGAUCGGAAAACUUUACUUUUGCAAUUUUCAGAUUUCUUGUUUCGGGUGCUGUCCGGUGACGGCGUAGACAAAAGUUUUUGUGUAAUUCGAACUUAUAAUUUGGACGUAAAAAAAUAAUUUGAGAGUUCCGUAGCAGAUAGGCAACCAACAAUACAUGUUUAAUUUAUUACACGGUUUGUCUAAAUAUGAAUUAAUUCACAAAUAAUAGACUUUCCCACAUUUUAAUGUAGAUUUUCUAUAAAAUGGACUUAAUUUGAAACUCAAAGUACUUUUCGGUGUAAAGAAAUUUGUAAUA